AUGAAGUUUACCAUUGCUGCAAUCAUCUCUCUUAUGGCAGCCACUAUCUCCGCCACGCCUCUUGAGGUCCGCCAGUCCAACCAAGUGACCGUGGCUCUAUCCAAUGACCAAUCUGGUGCCUAUGCCGGCGUGAAAUUUCAAGCCGAUGGCUCCGAUAGGGGCAUCUUCUCCUUGUUCAGUGGUACUUCUGUUGGGGCAGGUGGUACUGUCAAGGCAACUUCCGCCCAGCUCACCAACUUUGCGCAAUCUAUCAAUUGUGUCAUCAAAAACAAUGAUGCUACCAUUGGUACCUUGACUGCUCAGCAGACAUAUCUGGAUCUUGAUGGAAAUCCCAACGCCGCGAUUCCAAUCAAUCUCAACAAUGCUGUGAUUCGCUGCCGUGUUUGA